AAAGCGGUGUGCGCAGGCGCAGGCGCAGACCCCGCCCAUUAGUGACGUCACACGGCCGUUUGGGCGCUGGGCGUUUCAGCGCGCGCAAUUUAAACCCAGUUCCGGAGACGCUGGAGGCGAGAUGGGACCCCCAGGCCCAGAGACCCGUGGACACACCCACAGUGCCCCCUCACCUUUGGAACGGGCAUGCCCCAUGCCUCUGCCCAGAAAGGCCCCGCUCAGUACUCCUGUCACCCCGGACCUUGAAGACUUCCCUCAGAAUGACGAUGAAAAGGAGCGGCUGCAGCGGAGGCGCUCCCGGGUCCUGGACCUGCAGUUCAGUGCCGACUCGCCUCACCUGUUGGCCUCCCCCAUCAACAGGAGUGUUGAUGCUUCCACUACAGUACCGAAAUUCACAAACACACAGAUCACAGAACAUUACUCCACUUGUAUCAAACUAUCCACUGAGAACAAAAUCACUACCAAGAAUGCUUUUGGCUUGCACUUGAUUGAUUUUAUGUCAGAAAUCCUUAAACAGAAGGACACGGAACCAACCAACUUUAAAGUGGCUGCUGGCACCCUGGAUGCCAGCACCAAGAUCUAUGCUGUGCGGGUGGAUGCUGUCCAUGCUGAUGUGUACAGAGUCCUUGGGGGACUGGGCAAAGAUGCACCUUCUCCGGAAGAAGUGGAGGGCCAUGGUGCAGAUGGAAGUGCUACUGAAAUAGGAACAACCAAAAAAGCUUCAAAGCCAAAGAAGAAGCAUUCGUACAAGACCAUUGAGCAGAACAUAGACAACCUUAAUGUCUCCGAAGCAGAUCGAAAGUGUGAGGUCGAUCCCAUGUUUCAGAAGACCGCAGCCUCAUUCGACGAGUGCAGCACUGCAGGGGUGUUCCUCUCCUCCCUCCACUGCUGCGACUACAGGAGCGAGCUACUCUUUCCUUCUGACAUCCAGAGCCUCUCCACCGCAGAGCCUCUCGAGUUGCCAGAUUUAGGCUGGGUAGAAAUGACAGACCUCAAAGCGCCUCUGCAGCAGUGUGUGGAAAAUGGCCAGCUCUGCCCUUCCCUGGCUGGGUUCCAGUUCACAAAGUGGGACAGCGAGACACAUAAUGAGUCUGUGUCAGCCCUGGUAGACAAGUUCAAGAAGAAUGACCAGGCAUUUGAUGUCAAUGCUGAGAUGGAGGAGAGUGGCUGUGGGGACUUCCUUGAUGGGCCCCUGGAGGACAACUUUGAUGCCAACGAUGAGCCCGAGCACACCUCAGCUGGGGACCACGAGGAGCUCCGGAGCUGGAAGGAGCCCUGCCAAGUCCAGAGCUGCCAGGAAGAAAUGAUUUCCCUUGGGGACGGAGACAUCCAGACCAUGUGCCCUCUUCUCUCCAUGAAACCUGGAGAAUAUUCCUAUUUUAGUCCCCGGACCAUGAAGAUGUGGGCUGGCCCAGAUCACUGGCGCUUUAGACCUCGACACAAACAAGAUGCUGUUUCCCAAUCAGAGAACAAGAAGAAGAAUUCAAAGAAAGAUUUUGAAGUGGACUUUGAUGAUGAUAUUGAUUUUGAUGUAUACUUUCGAAAAACAAAGGCUGCAACUGUUCUGACCAAGUCCACUUUGGAGAACCAGAACUGGAGAGCCACCACUCUUCCUACAGAUUUCCACUACGAGAUCAACACGCUGGUCCAGCUGCACCUCAAACCAGGUUUAAGGUUAUUAAAGAUGGCCCCAGGCCAGAAGGCAGAGACUGAGCAUUAUGAAGAAAUUGAAGACUAUGAUUACAACAACCCUAAUGACACCUCCAACUUUUGUCCUGGACUACAGGCUGCUGACAGUGAUUAUGAAGAGUCAGAUGACUUAUGUUCAGGAGACGUUGGGACCUUUGACCACACAUCCAAUCCCUGCCACACACCUAAGAUAUCACAAGAAAACGAAGACGCUUCUGAAGGCCAUGAAGCAGAUAUCACAACGUAUGGGGAGUCCAACCUGGUGGCUGAGCCUCAGAAGGUAAAUAAAAUUGAAAUUCAUUAUGCCAAGACUGCCAAAAAGAUGGACAUGAAGAAGUUGAAGCAGAACAUGUGGCGUUUGCUGACAGAGUUCUCCAGUAAGGAGGCAGACGCAGAGGCAAACCAUAGUGAGACCAGAAAGGAAGAGGCCUUGGUAGAAGUGGCUAACAAGAAGAUGCUGAGCGGGCUCACAAGGGACCUGCAGAAAAGCCUGCCUCCCCUCAUGGCCCAGAACCUCUCUAUACCUCUGGCCUUUGCCUGCCUCCUGCACUUAGCCAAUGAGAAGAACCUAAAGCUAGAAGGAACAGAGGAUCUUUCUGAUGUUCUUGUGAGGCAAGGAGACUAAGUGUCCUGUGGAGGUGGCAGCUGGAGGCCCAUCAUCCCCUCGGUGGCCAGGACAUCUCCACUCCAGUGGAGGAAGAUGCCAGGGUUUGUACCAAGCUGGAGCCAAAUCUGCUCUUUAUGUCUGUGUGUAGUUUUAGUCUCCUAAAUUGGUCUGUGAUCUUCCACACUUUACUCUUGUAGAAAAUUAUUUUUCAGUAGGCACUCAAUGUUGUCCCUGAAGAGCUGCCUAAUCUGUGUGCAUAGAACACACCAGAUAUACACUUAUAAAUGUAUAUACGAUGCUUAAAAAUAAAAUCAUUCUCGCAAAA